AUGCCAGUGCACAGGCCGUGCCGAAGCGUCUGCUCUCCAGGCGGUGGGGAGGCGAGGCACAAGGAGGAAGAGAGGGAGGGAGAGGAAGAGAGAAAGGAAGAGGAGGCGAGCGGGGAGGGCCAAGCCCCAGAAGCGGCAACGCGCGACGCGCGCAGCAUGCUCUCCAAGCACGGCGGCCGGGAACGAGAGAAGCGAUACGCGGGGAUGGCCCGCGACGCGCGCAGCAUGCUCUCCAAGCACGGCGGCCGGGAACGAGAGAGGCUACACGCGAGGGUGGCCCAUCGGCAGGCAGGCAACAUGCCCAGGAGGACGGAGGGAGAGCAGGCGCCGUGCCGGGCCACGGCCGCAGCGAGGCACGCGAGCCCAGCAUCCGCAAGCGGACACCAGGCCCACCCCUGA